CAUUUUUCGUUAAAAAUUGUUUCUUUAACACCAAAAUUUAGUUAAUUUUCUGUGCCCUCGUAUCUCUUAGCCCGCCGAAAAUGUGUGAUGAAAGUUGUAAUUGCGCUUCGAAGCAGAAACCAAACUGCCCGCAUCAACAGUGUCCGCAGGGUCCGCCGCCGCAGUGUCCACAAUAUCCUCAAUAUCCCCAAUAUCCUCCCCAGCAGCCAACGUGUCGGCCUCGUCCAUCCCUAUGGAGUAAAAUCAAUUGUGUGCCAUGCAAUCGACUCUUUUUCUUCGUAGUGGGCGGAGCAGUUGGCCUGUAUUAUGACCAGCUUAAGGAGCAGGCCGAAAAAGCUAGGGAUGCGGCAAGCAAGGAUAAUAAUAACCAAAAGGGCAAGGACAAGAAGAAGAAGUAACAUGGGCAGCUGAGGAGUCAACAUGAGAUUAGCAAAUUCAAUUUUUUUAACGAAAAUUAUACUUUAAAAAUUAUGCCAUAGUUUUCUAAGGAAAAUCAAAAUUUCUGCAUAAAUCCGUGUAACAUUUAUUUUGAACCAUUUUGAAAUUAAACUUUGAUAUAGGAAAGUAUUAUCUAUUUAA